AUGUACUCCUGCUUCAAGAAUCUUUUGACUUCUUUGGAAGCCUUCGCCCUGAGCACAUCUCCUGCGGCCGACGCGCCUCCCAACAGUGCCACAUCGUCCGUCGCCACCGACAACGACGACUUCGACGGGUUGAUGGACGCUACAUACACUCCGAAGAACUCAAUCGACGCGACUGAUGAGUCGUCCUCACUGAAAGAACGCAAAAUAACCGACCAGGCGGAAGAGGCCCUUGCUCGCGAGCCGGUCCUCUAUCAACCUAAACCCCGUCGGGCGCGCCCUGCCUGGAUCGACGCGAAGAUGUUCGAGCCCACCCUCCUCCCCAUCCCACGCCCCGCCAUCGACGUCGUCGACGACGCGUACGGCGUCUUCAAAAUAGGGUUAGGCGGCUACGAGGACGAGGAGGCCUUCGAGCCUAUCGAGUCACAGAGGAUGCUAUCGCAGCUGUCAUGGAUUCAGCACAUUGAAGGCCCGACUGUCGCGUGGCCACCCCCCAUCAUCCCCUUCAUCUUCGAUCCCUUCGAGGACCUCGUCGAGAAGCCUGAGCCCGCCUCACCAUCCGCGUCGGCCUACUCGUAUCUCAACCUUUCGCCCGCGUCCACCACCGAGCAAUUGCCCACCAUCGCCACGCCGCCCGACGACGACCGCUCGGCGACUGCCAUGCCGAAGCAACAUGCGCCACACGGGUCGGGGUCAGAUUCAGACACGCCCGCAUGGCCGAAGCUCGACGGGACACGCCCGAUUACGCCUGGGCAGCUCCGCGAGUACGCGGACAAGUGCGCCGCUGCGGCACGGGCGCAACUCCAGCGAUCGCCGCCCAAGCCACCGACGGCGCCACAAGAGCCACGGCGACCGCGCCCUUACCUCGACCGCUAUCAGCGCAUGACCGCCGCCGCCGCCGUUCCGCUAGCUGUUCCUCUGUGGCAGUCGACAAUAUGGUGA